AUGGCCGAGCCAGAGACCUUAGCGGCGUUGAAGAGAGCCUACGCCGAUACACUACUGAACACGACGAAGGAGGCAGCGGCGCGUGUUUUGGUCUCUGAGAAGAAGGCGCGUAGUUAUCAGCGAGAACUUGUCACCGUUAGAGAUGAAGCUCUCCAUACGCUGCUUAGGCUUAAACACAUGUUUGAUUCCAAGGUUAAGGAGACAGAGAUGAUAUCAUUGAAGCAGCAACAGAAAGUUGAAGAACUCGAAGCUCAGCUUGGAGAAGCUGAAGAUAUUGUAGGAGAGCUGAGGCUGGAGUUAAGAGAGCUUCGUGAUGAGCUCAAGAAAUAUCUUAAAAGUGAUGAUCAUGAAGAAGACUCUUUGCGGAAAAACAGUGAUCCUGAGGUUUCUUGCAGUGACGAGAGAUCAGGAGCUGUAGCUUCUUCUUGCAUCCCAGUUGAACAAAGUGGAUCGGUUGUGGCUGCUAAUGGGAUGAUCAAAAUCCCAUCUUUGACUCGCGGAAAUAGUAUUAAACGGUGUUCCUCUAAAGAUUGUCACCACACUCUUCCAUCUAUACUGACAAAACGCAGGGAAGCUGAAGGAUGCACUCAGAUGAUCCACACAGUUAUUGCCAAUGGAGAUCGGUCUUCCUCUGUACAAGUAGGAGAUGUUAAUGGAGUAUGUCCUCAGAGAGUCACGUCUUGUAAAAAUGUAGAGACCUUAGAAAUGCCUGGUUGUGCUGCUGCUGCUAGUGACUCCACAGCUUCUGUGUUUAAUAAUGUUAAAGAUGGAGAAGACUCAGUAUCAUUGAAAACUCCUCUGUGUGAAGAAGCUCCAGUAUCGGCAGUUAAUAAAAGCCGGUGUAUCAAGUUCACAUUCCAGAGGAAAAGGAAGAAGGAGGUUUUAAGCAGUCUUGAUGGAGAUUCCUCGUUUGAAGAGAGCAGAAACGUGAAACAAAAGACUGGAGAGAAGAAAGAAGAUGGUUAUUUGGAAUCUCUGAAGCCUAGCUUCACCGGUGAAUCAUCUCAGGAUAGUCUACGUGCUACACAGCAGCUUGUACCAAUAACUCACAAGUAA